UAAUAACUCCCUGGAGCAACCAUCGCGAGGCAUCUCUCUCGUUAUUUCCCAUCAAGAAACUGGUGUAGCUGUAUGAUCAACAAUAAAGUGAUUUAUUUCUAAAUCCUACCAUUCUUACUUGACUAUAUACAUAUUAUGAGGAAUAAAUGUAAGCAGCCACAGACCCACGACAAACCGACUAUUCUUUGUCAGUCUUAGAAAGCGGUACAAUAUCCGUUUCCUCCAACUCUAUCCAUCUUUCCUCCUUUGCCUCCCCCACCGCACCAUCCGGACUGCAAGAUACAAGCAGGACGGUCGCCAUGAUCUUCGACACCAUAUUACCCGCCGUCACGGCCAUCGUGAUGUCAUCGUUUACGCGAUUCUCCGGUGCCGGACUAGCCGUAAUGCCUUGUUCCACAGCGACAGAUACUCCGAGCUUCAUGAUCUCGGAUUUCACGGGCGGCAUCAGUAAAUAUACGGGCGGCGAGUCAUUUGCAUUCUACCUCAACACCACCUACAACGACUACCACAGCGGAUGCAGCGGGUCGAUUCACAACGGAGCCGACGACAACGGCAUGCAGUUCUGUUCAACUCGGAUACCUGGUUGGAACGUCUCCUACAUCAUGACACAUGACCACAAAGUCCUCAUCAAUCAUGCUUUUUUGUGUAGCCAGGCAGAUGGUGCCAUAGUAAGCGCGCACGCGGAGGGUGCUACACAACUGAAUAUUACUUCUGCACCAAACGGGAGGCUUAGUAUGAGGUCUAAGAGUCAUACAUUCGCAGCUGCCGUUACAAUAAACUAGAGGCGUCCAUAAAAACACACUUGCAGAGGAAGAGGG